AUGGCAAGAAUCACCCCAUUUGUACUCCUUAGCGCUGGGGCCGUCUUCUUUGGAUUAGCCGCGGUAUUGCUUGGCCCUGGCCGAGCCUUCCUACUCACCAUCGUCGCCCCUUACCUCCCACCAAACCUCGUCCCGGCACCGGUCGUCACCGAUUCGGGCCGGGAUGUAAAGUACAUCGGCUCUCGCUCCGCCGACCUGGCAGUGGAGCACUUCCACAACAUCUUGUACGCCGAGGACACCUCCGGCCCGAACCGCUUCGCCCCGCCGGUCCCGGCAGCGCCGACCCGGGGCUCCGUCAUCGACGCCACGGCGCCCGGCGCGUGGUGCCCCCAGGGCACCGGCGAUGUGCUCCCCUUCACCUCGCGGGUGACCAACAUCAGCGAGGACUGCCUCAGCCUCCGCAUCGCGAGGCUGCGCGGCACGGGGCGUCCCGGCGCCGAGCCCCUCCCCGUCGCGGUGUGGCUCCACGGGGGCGGGCACGCGCUGGGCUCGGGCGAGGAGGUCCUGUACGAGCCGGACGGCCUCCUCGGCCAGGCGGGGCUGGACGGCCAGCCACUAAUAUUUGUGGCGAUCAACUACCGGCUCGGCUUCUUCGGCGCCACGGGCCCGGCGAUGGUGGAGGCUGGGCAGACGAACGCGGGGCUGCGGGACCAGCGGGCGGCGCUGGAGUGGGUGCGCGACCACAUCGCUAGUUUCGGCGGCGACCCGGCGCGGGUGACCGCCAUCGGGCAGAGCGUCGGCGGGAGUGACAUCGGCCUGCAGAUGGCUGCGUUCGGUGGUGCGAAGGGCGUGCCGUUCCAGAAGGCCGUGAUGAUGUCCGGCGCCCCGGGGCUGAAUUUCAAUACCAUGUCGGACCUCGUGGCGGACAACACGGCCAUGGUCGCGCGGCAGGUCGGGUGCGUGAAGGAAGGGGCUGAUGCCCACACCGAAGCGGUGCUGGCAUGUCUCCGGGAGGCCCCCUUCGACAUCCUGACGAAUCUCUCCGUCAGUGCGAUGCGGGCGGCGCGGCCUCCGUUCGGCGAGGGCUUCUUCUUUCCCACCUACGACGGUGACUUCAUCCCGGAUCGUCCGUCCAAACUGAUUCGAGAGGGUAGGGUUGUCAAGGAUAUUCCCGUCGUCGCCGCCUGGGUGACCAACGAUGGCGCGUGGUACGCACCGCCAACGACGGCUACAGACGACGAUGUGCUCAGCAGCUUCACACUGUGGCUGACGCUGUCUCCGUCUACCAGGACGAAGCUGCUGGAGCUCUAUCCCGUCUCGGACUUUGAACAGGUUGCUCAGGGGCAAGGCGUUUCGCCACAGUACUACCGUGCUGCGCAGAUAAACCGCGACCUCUGGUUUGCGUGCCCUGUGCUGGACUUCGCGUGGCAGUACGGUCGGCACAACGCCCACAACACACGGCUAUAUGAACAUAACUCCACACGGUUCGCGCCAUCUUAUGCUCUGAUGGGCGUGCCGAUGUGGAGAGUUGCUCACCUGAGUGACAUACCGUACGUAUUGAACAGCCAAAGCCUCGGGGGCGGCGCCGAUAACUCAGCGGGCCAGCUGGCGCUGUCGGCGGCCGUUAGCAGGAGGAUCGUGAGGUUCGUCACAUCGGCAAUACCUGACGAGGAGUGGUCUCCGGCGUUCGCAGGGGUGGCCGAGGACAGCCCCCAGGACAAGUUACCGGGCAGGAUCUCUCUCCAACUGUUCGGCGGCCCACACGGAAACAGACAGGUGACAGUUCGGGAACAUCCAGACGAGGACGAUGCUUCAGCAACAGAGGCUGAAAAGGCGGUUGCGUGGGAAAGGCUGUUCCAGAGGUGCAACUUUAUCAACAGCGCCGAGGUGCGGGACGAGACCUCUGUCUGA